AUGGCGAAGCUCAUCCUGCUGCUGCUGCUGCUGGUGGCGUUCUUGGCGAUGGCCGCAACGAAAGCAGAGGCGCAACCGGCGUCGUCAGGCGGUCCGGAGCCGACGGGGGUGGGCAUCAAGGUGUCUUUCCGUCCCAGCGUGGCCAUAGUGGUGGGCAUCUUCACCAUGAUCUUCUCCCUCACCUUCCUCCUCCUCAUGUACGCCAAGUUCUGCCACAACUCCUCCUCGCCGCCCUUGCUGCCCACCACCAACAGCCCCAGCCGCAUGGCCACCGGCACCACCGCGGUCGACGCCGAAGCGAACAGUGGUGUGGGCAAGGCGGUGAUCGAGUCGCUGCCCUUCUUCCGGUUCGCAGCGCUGCGUGGCGCACGGCAGGGGCUGGAGUGCGCGGUGUGCCUGGCCCGGUUCGACGACGCCGACCUGCUCCGGCUCCUCCCGCGCUGCCGCCACGCCUUCCACCUCGACUGCGUCGACCGCUGGCUCGCCACCAGCGCCAGCUGCCCGCUCUGCCGCACCCGCGUCCAUGCCGACGACGCCGACCUCGGCCUCAAGUACGCUGCCGCCAGCGCGCGUUUCGUCUUCGGCGCCGCAGCGGACGACCACCCUUCCGCGGACACUGCCCCGGUGGUAAUGUCAGGGACGUCAGGUCGUGACCUCAUGGCGGGCAUAUUCGUGGAGCGCGUCCCGUCGUCUCGCUUUGGCGUAGGCGGCGAGAAUAGCAAUGAUCUGGACAGGCACCGGCACCGCAUCGUGAUGUCGGACCUGGUCUUCAAGAGCCGGUGGAGCGACCUCAACUCCGCCGACCUCCUCGCGCUCGACACCGAGAUGCUGCGCUCCUUCUCCAGCGGCCACUUGGACGUCGGCGAAGACAUUGUUUUUGUCGGACAUCACGAGGAGGAGCACGCUACUACCAGUCUAGAAGACAGCAGCGGACCGGUGGAGAAGAAGCGGCUGCUUGAGAAAGCAGACCAGCAGGCUUCGUCGUCGGCAUCGAUAAGAGGUGGUGGGUCGUCCGGGGCACGGUCCAUGUCGGAGAUCGUGAGGCUGCCGAGGGUGGCGAGGCCGAUGGCCAGGACAGAGGAGGAGAGACGGUGGGCGCCCAUCGCUCGCCGGACGGCGCGGUGGUUCGCCAUGAGGGAGGGGGACACCGUUGACGGACACGUCCGAGCCUCAUCCUACCCCUCCUUGCGUGCAUAG